AUGGACCCCCAAACCGACCUCCCCGACCUAGUAGAAGACCUCGAAGUCAACAUCGACGAGCUCUCUUCCGCUCUCCAGCCUUUACUCGCAACACCGCUCCAUACAACCGCAUCCUCACAACCUCUUCUCGACAAAGCAAAGCUCUACGUACUCGCCGCAUACUCGAUCGAGUCAUUACUCUUCAGCACACUACAGGCGAGCGGCGUGGAUGCGAGAGAACAUGCCGUCUUCCCCGAACUUGCGCGGUUGAAAGGCUACUUCAGCAAGAUCAAAGAGGUCGAGGAGCGGGGCACACAACCCAAACAGCGGCUCGACGUGGGCGCGGCACAGAGAUUCAUUAAGCACGGUCUGGCCGGCAACGACAGGUAUGAUUUGGUCAGGGCGGAGAAAAUGGCCAAGGAGAAGGCCAGAGCGGCAUUGAAGGCCAAGCAGAUCAACAAGAAGUUCGACGACGAAGGCGAGGAGAAGAGCGGGGUUGUGACGCCGAAGAAGAGGGGCGUGGAAGACGUUGCUGCCGACGAGCAGGUCGAAGACGAGGAGCUUGAAACCGACUCCUCCGCACAGCCAGCCGCGAAGAAAGCGCGCAUACCCGCCGCAGACCCCAUGGCCAUCGACUCGGCGCCGUCAUCAACCAAGAAGCAAGACCGCAAACAGCGGGGCAAAAACAAGGCCAAGCGCAGCGCAGACAACACAGACGCCGAAGAGCACGAAGGUUCGCUCGCGUCAGGCGACCCCAGUAUCCAAAAGAAAGACAGGAAGAAGAGAGGCACGACCAAGAAACAAGAAGUGAGACGUUCAACGCCCUUCUCGACGGCUCGUUGGCGGACAAGGGGAAGAAGGGGAAGAGUAAGGGCAAAGGAAAGGGGAAGUGAGCGUGGUAGACAUGGUACUUGGACAUGA